UUUUAUAUAUUAGUGCUGUGAUGGUGUGUAUGAUGGGUCAUGGACACUGACUCGCUGACUGUGUGAUCCAUUAGGUUAGUUGGUACUCAGUAUUCUUUAAGGGUUAAGUGAAAAAAAAGCUUUUGGCAAAAUCUAAAAUUGCUGACAGGAAGUGCACUCGAAUUUCAGAUGUUGGUGUUCAUUCACUUCAGAGUUCACCAGGGAAUGAGAGUUGUUACAGUUCUUGACCACUAUGUGGCAUAGUCCCAGAAUGCUUUGGGUAAUGGCUGUAAUUUCAGACACAGAUGUACUCCUGAGAUCCACCUCACAUCCUGAUGUAGACUUCUCCAGCAGGUUACAGCAGAAGGGCUUUGAUAAUCUUUUGUCUCAAGAUGACGUGAGCCAAAUGUAGUGAGAACUGAAGACAAUUUUGAGGAGGAAUUGCAAAAAUGGCAGGUUAUUGUAUAGAUUGAACAGAAUGUAGAGCUGCUAUAAGAACUGUUGUAUAGAGUCAUGAUAUUAGACACAAAACUCCAGUUUGGUAUGAAGAUGAAGUAAGUAUCGGACCUACAAAAGGUUAUGAUGUAAAACUUGACAGGGAGCUUCUAUUUUAGCCAAGUCCAGGUUUAACCCUGUAACAGACAAGGUGUUACCGGUUUCUUUUGUGUUUUCUUCCUUUUAUGUUUGUUGAUUUCUUAGGGGUAGCUGCAAGCAGGGUUGUAGUACCUCUGGGAGCAGCUUGGGGGCACUAGUGCCGGGAGGUAACCAGCAUAUAAGCUGACCUACCAUAGAAGCAAAUUUGUUGGUAGAGGGAAGCCUCAUGGUUUCCAAUCAAGCUACCUUGUUACCUUUGUUGUUAAAGUCCUAAUUGAGAACUCUGAGUUUCUGCUCAAUUAAAGGAUUUUUGAUUAUUUUUGCUUGUUUUGGGUCACAAAUGUCUCUUUCACUACGGAUCAGGGGAUUAAAAACAUUGCAUCGCACUCAAAUAACCGUUUGGAUUUCAAGCUCAUCUCAUCCCACAAACAUUAUCACUUAUCAGAAAAACUGAAUACGGACUCAUUGACUUGGAGGGAAAAGGAAGAAGGGGCCAACGCUUGCUUUUGGCGGAAGCUGAUUUCCCAUGAUCCUCUUCCUCCAGAGACACUGAUGACGAACAUAAAAAGGUGUGAGAGGCGGAACAAAAGAGACGUUGUGUAGAAACAGAGACGUAAAGGAGAAACUUUAAACCUCUGAAUGCUGAUGAGGAACGACGUCGUGCCAAAAGACUGCUGACGCGCCAAGUGGAAAAUAAAAAACGUGUGUCCGUUAAAUUGAAGGUCAUCGGGGAGGAGACGCACCAUGGCACCACAACACGGAAAAACACUAAACACACACAUCAGUCCGGACACAUGGAGGUCCACCAUCAUACUGUUGAAGCGGAUGGUGCAACAGUUGGAGGUCAACGAUGUGAACUUCGAGGAGCUGAAGAGGAACUUGGAUUUCACUGCUUCAUUACUGGAGGCUUUUUACACCAACAGAACCCAACAGUCCUUUGAUGCUGAUGAUGACCUGCAGCUCCGCUCUGAUGUCGUUCCUGUGGAGGUUCGUGAUUGGCUCGCGUCUACAUUUACUCAGACAGUUCAGCCAUUCAGACAACGCCUGGAGGAGAAACCCAAAUUCCGCAGCAUUGUUCAUGCAGUGCAGGCUGGGAUAUUCGUGGAGCGGAUGUUCCGUAAAGCGUACUCUAAUGCCAUGCCGGAUCAACCUGCUGAUGUGACUGACUGUUUAAGGGAUUUAGACAGGUGGAGUUUUGAUGUGUUUUCUCUGGAUGCUGUCAGUUCAGGACAUUCACUAAAAACGCUCUUCAUAGAGCUGAUCAUUAAACACCAUCUGAACAGCAGAUUUAAGGUACCACUCUCAUGUUUGAUGUCGUUCCUGUGUGAGUUGGAACGCGGUUACAGCAAACACACCAAUGCAUAUCACAACCACACACAUGCAGCUGACGUCACACACACAGUGCACUGUCUACUGCUGCACACUGGAGUACUGUACUGGUUGACAGAGUUAGAGGUGUUGGCGUGUUUGUUUGCAGCAGCCAUUCAUGAUUAUGAACACACAGGAAACAGCAACAACUUCCACAUAUACACACGGUCUGAAAUGGCGAUGAUCUAUAAUGAUCGCUCUGUGCAAGAGAGUCACCACGUCAGUGCCUCGUUCCGUCUCCUGCAGAAUGAAAACACAAACAUCUUUAUGAACCUCACUCGCCCCGAAUGGCUUGAGCUGCGGUCUCUAGUGAUAGAGAUGGUGUUGGGAACAGACAUGUCCUCUCAUGUUCUUCAGGUCAGAGCCAUGAGGACGUGUUUACAGCAACAUGAGAGCAUUGAUAAACCAAAGGCGUUGUCUCUGAUUCUUCAUGCGGCUGAUAUCAGUCACCCUGCUAAACCGUGGAGUUUACACUCACGCUGGACCCCUAGACUGAUGGAGGAGUUUUUCACACAAGGAGAUAAAGAAGCUGAACUGGGUUUGUCUAUCUCACCCCUGUGUGACAGACACAACACACCUGUCUCUCAGUCUCAGAUCGCUUUUAUAGAGUUUAUUGUGGAACCAACGUUUUCAUUAAUCAGCGAUAUGUCUGAGAAAAUCAUCAUCCCUCUGAUACAGGACACAACUGAUCCAUCAAUCUGCAGCAGAUACCGAGGAUUGCAGUGGACUGUAGCAGACCUGGUUAGCUUUAGAUCCAUGUGGAUGAGACACACUGAGGAGAACAAGAGCAGGUGGAGGGACAAAAUGAAGAAUGGUGAGAGUCACAGCUACGAGAUGCAGACAGAACAGGAAACUGCAGGAACAGAGCAUUAAUCUGAUAAAUGAAUGCAGAUGAUACAAAAGGAGAGGAAGAAGAUUGUCUGUGGCGAGAUCGUGGUGCUGCAGCUAUACAGUAGAAUUAAUUCUACACAUUUAUGAGUUUAAUAUUGUUAAUACACAUCUCACUGUUUAAGCCACACUGUAUCAUUUAUAACACUGCCACACACACACACACACACACACACACACACACACACACACACACACACACAAUCAAGUGUGAUAUUGUGUAGGUGUUUGUGUUAUAUUGUGUGAGUUUGUGAUAGUGUUAUAUGUGUGUGUUCUUUUAUAAUGAAGAGUUUGCAGUUUUAAUUUAAAACACGUCUGAGAAAUUUUAGUGUGAAUGUCCUGGACUUGUCCUGGUGCUGUGUUCGGUCAGACCCAGAGACACCAGACUGGUGACGUCCCGAGUGACACAUGCUGAUCCUACAUCAUUACUUUACUAAAAGUGCGCCACCUGUUGAGCUGAAACAAAAAAAUAAGUGAAAGGAGGAGAGAGAAGGAAAUGUAAUAAGAUCUCAUCAGAAAUGUAGUUUAAAAGUUGUAUCACAAUUUGGCACUACAGUAAGGGGGGUGGGGGGUGUUUGGUAUUUAUAAUUAAAUUUUAUAUUUUUCAAUUUAAUGAAAUAAUUAAAGUAACUAAAGCUACAGGGGAAAGCUUCAGCCAUCACAUUAAACCUCCAUAUUGUGUUAAUUAGCAAGAAUAAAUAAUGAGGAAAAUGUGCAGAUUGUCUUUAAUAGGAUUCCAUCUGUUUAUCCUACAUCAUCAUCAUCAUCACCAUCAUCAUCAUCAUCAUCAUCAUCAUCAGUGUUUUAUUUCCUUCAUCUGAUCUGUUUCUGCUGCAGACAAGGAUGGACCUUAACACACAAACAGGAACAAAUCUUCAUUAGAAACUAAAGUCACUAAUAAAGGAGAAGAGAUGAGUA